AUGGCUGGCGUGCUGCUCCAGCGCGAUCGCUUUGUGUGUUGCCUCGAGUCGCGCCGCCACUAUGCCCGCGUUGAGGCCGAGGCCGCUGCCACUCUCGACGCCCUCUGUUGCGCGCUCUCGCCGACGGCGUUCGCAAAGCCUUGUCGCGGCGCUGCAAGUGUUGCCCCCCUCCUCCCCAAGGGCAAGGUGAAGGAAGGUGCCUGUGUGGUUCUUCUGCACCUCGUAGCAAGGAUUGUUGUGUCCAACCUGCGCAAGAAUGCCAAGAAGUCCUUCUCAGAUACGAUUAAGGAUAUGUACCUGCACUACAACGAGAGAUCUGGGCUGCUUCUUUGUGGCUUCCAAAAUUGAAAUGUUUGUUUGGAAGUUGGUUU